AUGUACAUACCUGAAAACGUCUCGGAGACAAGCUCGGAGUCUGCCCUCUCGACUGCUUUCGAUUCAUAUCGCGAGUACACAGACUACGUCAGACAGUUUUUGUCUGCAAACACAACUACUGAGUGGGACGAGGAACUUUGGCUAGGACAGCUACCCAUCGAUGGCCACACGAUACAAUGGUACCGUCUUUCGAGCCACUCCAAGAACACAUCGGCUGGCUUUGAGAACCACGGCACCGAUACAGAUAUGUAUAAAAGUACCGGCUCAAAGGAGACUUUCCAAGAACAAUUACGAACACCAAAGACGUCGGUGUCCUGGCAGAUAUUACUUGUUCAGUUCAACUGCGAGUUCCGCCGAGAAUUCCUGCUUUACGACGAUUGGUAUCGCGAUUCAAUGUUAUGGUGCUUUGACAUUAUCGGUCUAGCUUUGGAUCUACCGCUCUGUGUGUGGAACCACUUGAAGGAUCGCCUUCAAGGUAUGGGCACACCACGUCUAGACACCUUCAGAGUCUCGUGGAAUGAUGAUUGUUCAGCUCUUGAUUUGGGCCUGAACACCAUGGUGACUUUGAAUACCAAAGGUGGAGUCCUGCCUCCUACAGUUGUUGCUUUUCUACCGCUGAACAAUCCUGUUCGCAUCGGCGAUCCAAUGAAUCAACGAUGUGGAAAUCCUGUUCGACUCAACCAUCCCAAAUGGGCACAGUCGAUAAUCAGCACACCCAGUAAGGCUAUGACAAACGAAAAAGCGACAUUCUGGCGGCCCGCGAACAAUGAGCCUGCUGAAUCUCAAUAUCUUCGUAAGAUGAUCGCGAGAACUGGCGCACGUUCCAAUUCGCCCUCGGUAACAGAUGGCGCCUUUGCGUGUUUUGCGGCGCUUCUCGAGUUCCAUCUGGGUCAUCCGUCGCAGAAUAUUCCUAAACUUGAUUAUUCCCAAGACUCAAGAGACAAGGUGUGUCUGAGACACUAUCGCUGGCCAGAAGACCCAUGGGGAGACACUCGUGUAACCGACGUGCUGGUACCUACACGAUCUCUGCUAAUGCGAUUAAGAGACGAAGUCGACAUGAACAUCAUGAUGUCCGAAAAGAUCAAGGAAUACACCAAGGACCAUUUCAAAACGCUCAACGACUAUCAGCAGAAGACCUUGCAGGCUCUUGUCGGGCGCUUGAGGCUGCACCUGGUUCAUUUGCAACUCACUGAAGCUAAUCUAAAGGACCGUCUUUCCGCAUAUGCCUCAGAGCAAACCACUGAGAUGGCAGAACGAAACAUUCAGGAGAGCAAGAGAGUGAUUCUCUGCAGGUUUUCACAAGCCUACUUACGAGACCUACGUGACUGA